AUGUCCCCGUCACCUAAAACAAACGCACACAUGGAACGGCGCAGGCACCAGUCUCCUCCACUCAGCAGCGUCUCAGGGUUUUGUUCAGCGGCUCCGGCUGUAUUUGACCCUCCCUGCGUGACCCCCGUCAGGACAGCGGGGUGGGGUGUGGUGGCUGUUCUGGGAUACUCUACCCCCAGUAUUUCCCAAAAAAGUCCCUCCUUUCCCCCUUCGCCGCCCCUCCCUCCUCCAGCGCUGAGCCACUGUAUUGUCUGUGCGCUUGUUGCUUGCCUUCUGUCCUGCUGUGCCGAGUGA